AUGGAAUCAGAAACAGAUUUUAUCCAAAACGAGAAUUUGCUCGAAAAUGGAGAGAAUAUAAAAAACAUCCCAGAUUUUAAAAUUUUUGAACUUGACAAAAAAGAGGAGACCUUAAAAAAAGCAGUAGCUGAAAUUCAGAUCUUGAGGGAUCAGGCCAACCUUACUCAAAAUAAAUUAUAUAGAAACAUUUGGAGUAAAUUCCUUGGAAAAUUUGGUGUUUGGUUAAGAAAGCAUGAUGACUCGGUAUUUUUGGAGUGUUUUUUAUCAUUAUCUAGUAAAUUUAACACAUUAACAGCAGGACUUUGGCUGCUUGAAGGAUUUCUAUCAUUAAAGGAUAGAGAACUCCAUGAAGCAUCGAAGAAGCAAAUUUUGGAAAUUUUAAGAUCUAUUUAUUUAAAACAUUCUAAUAGUUUAUAUUCACUAAAAAGACGUGAGUAUAACUUAAUUGUAAUGUUAUUUUCAGAAUUCUUUGAGUUACAUAGCCCAAACACAUGGAAAGAAUGGGUGCUUGUGGAGCUCUUUGGAAUGAAUAGUUCACAAAAGCUAAAUUUCCAGCAGAAAUUGAUCUUUGAUAUUGUUUUAUAUUACAUAGAGAACAUUCAUUCUGAUAAGACAUUAACAAAUGAGCUAAUUAUGGGAAUCGUAAAUAGUUUUUCCAGCAUAGUUGCUUCUGAUGUUGACUCCUAUUAUAAGUAUAGCUUAGGAUCAAUGAUUAAGACACUUCCAAACCAUGAUCAAGAACUUAAACCUUUUAUAAGUGCUUUAUUGAGACAGUUAAAAAGAUAUUCAUCUAUGCCAUGGAACCAAAUCAAUCUAUUAAAGGUUUUUAUUCAUCCAAAUAUUGUAGGGCAUUUUCAAAUGGAAGAUGUACUAAAGGAUAUUAUCUCCAUAUUAUCGGAAACUAUUUCAACCUCUAUUGUUAGUAUAAUAUCAAAUAAUAGCAAAGCUGAUCAAAACCCUGAAGAUAUUCAAAUUAUACAAAAUUCUCUCAAUAUAUGUUUCCAGCUUAUACCGAGCCAUUUCAAUCUUCAGGAGUGGCUUGAGGAGACAAUAAUAGCUAUUUCAUCAAGUAAAACUACUGAUCAAAGCAAAGUUUCAUUACUUUUAAUAGUUGGAUCAGUUCAUGAAAGUCUUUCCAGACACAGAUUAGAAGGUAACCCUGUUAAUUAUAAUCUUGACAACAAAACUCAAGAUCUAUUAUUGUCAUUAAUUGACAUUAAGCUUCCAAUGAUAUCUAGCCAGUCAUCAGAUCAUUUCAAAUCUUUAACUGUGCAUAUUUGUUCUUUAUCAUAUGUAUUAUUAAAUGGAUCUAAAAACCAUCCUUUUUCAGAAAAGUUCUUUGGAAAAGUUCAGUCUCUGAUUAAAGAUCCAUCCAUUAAUGAAACUUGCAAACUUUUAAUCAUAUCAUCAUUUACUAACUCUAUUAUAUUACUUAAGGAGCUUGGAAUUACCAAGGAUACUGAUUUAUUUGAUAAGUCUAAAGUAGAACAAAUUAUAAUUUCCAAUAGUAAUAUCUCUGGGAUCUUUGGAUCGACUUUAAAUAAAACUAUUAAUACUAAGAGGCUUUCCAUGAUAGUUUUAGGUCAAAUCAUUUCAAUAAAGGAUAUUUUAGGGGAAACUAACAUUUUUAAGAGCUUGGGAAUUGUUCCCAAUAUAAAGACAUCUCCUGUAUUAUUCGUCAAGUUGGAAACCUUCUUAAAUGGUAACUAUGGUUUCUUUCCUUAUAACAUUAACAAUUUUGAAGUUAACAUUCUACUGGUUUUAAUGGAAAUAUUGUUCAAUGAAAAUUCGAAUUUAAACUUUAAUAUAGAUUUUCAGAAAAGCCAAGAAGAAUCUAUGGACCUCAAAUCUUAUAUUUUGACAUUGUCAAAUCCAAAUAAGAUUCAAUCAGCCAAUUACUUAAUUAGCUUUUUGAUCCAAAUGAGUAGAGUGUUAUCGUUUUUACCAGAGCAGGAGGAUUUAAACUCAACCAUUUUCCGGUAUUCAGCAGUAAAUAUGGAAGCUUUUCAAGCCAGCCUAAUGUUUCCAGGCUUAAAAAGACCUGUAAUGAAUAAACUGUGUAAUUUUGACUGUCCAAACAAACAAAAGAAUUUGUUUUCUUUGUCAAAUCUAUCAGGAAUAAGCUCUUUUUUCAACGAAAAGAGUUUCUGUCAAAAUUUGAUUCUUGCAUUUGGCACUAUUUUAAGCUCAGUAAACUCUUUAAUUAAUAAGAACAAAGAAGAAGGGAAACUAGAAGAUGUUAUUUACAAUGAGUUUAUGUUGCGAAGAAUUGAUUUAUUCAAGGUUUGGGUUUCUUUAGGGAAUUUAGAAAUAUUUUCAAAAAGAGAUCCUUCCAUCAUAGGAUAUCCAUAUUACUUGGUUUUUCUACUUUGUAGUUAUCAUCCUCUCUUGUAUUCAAGAUCUAAUGUAUUAAUUAUGGAAUCUAAAGGUGUUUUGAAUAAGAAAAAUGCUUUAUUACAUCAAAAUAUUAUUAAGAAUUUGGUAAGAAAUUGGGAUAAAUCCGAGGAGAUCAAAGAAACAAUGAAUAAGAAAUUGAUUGAACUGUAUAAAGAUUUGACAUAUCUUCCAAUAAAUGAUACAUCGGGAUUUAGAAGUGCCGGAAUGAACCUGUUAAACAUAAUUACAUUCACAAAUGAUUCGAAGUUAACUUUAAGUUUAAUUGAAAAGCUCAAAGUUCAAUUCAAGAAUUCUCUGGAAUUCCUAAAUAGCUUACCAACUGAGUUUGGAGAUUUCAUAAUUUCUGAUCGAAACGAACUAUUUGAGUUUGACAUCAAUGUUACAGGAUCACAAGGCUCUGAUCAAGGAUUUAUCCAGGAUUUACAAAGUAAUAUCUCAACAAAAUUAAAAUCUUUCACAAGUAAUGAGCAAAAAUUUUGUGAGUUUUCUGAGAUUUACAGCUUACUAACCAACUCUUCGUGUUGGAUCGAUAAAAUACUUUCAAAUUUGGAGAAUAACUCCUUUAUAAAUGUUAGUAGUAAAGAGUCAAAUGAUUUUCCGCUCUCAAGAAAUAAGGAUUUAGUGUCUGAUAAUAACACAAAAAACCUAGGCUUGAACACAGUUCCCAGUACAAUUAAAGCCAAUACUUCUGCUUCAGCAAAUACCACGACUACUUCUGCUUUUGCUUUGGCUAAACUCAGAAAGUCUCAAAAUGACAAUAAGUCAAAAACUGGGAAAACAACAAAAACUCCCGCCUUACAUGCAAAUAACACGAACGCAAGAAUCCAUGCAAGUUCCAAUACCGGUAGUAAUUUGUCCACAUGCAAUAGCAAUUUGGGUGUAAAUAAUAGCAGUGGAGGGAAUAAUUUGACAAAGGGGGAAAUAUUGAAGCAGAAAUUGUUAGAACAGAAUAAUUUAAGAAGAGAUGUUGAUAAGAUCAUUUCAAAUAUAAAGAAUGAAGUGGAGGUGAUAAUAGGGGUAUUGAUGAAUUGGAUUUCGACAGCAGGAGAAGAUAAUGAGGCAAUUAGUAUAAUGGAUUUGGAAUUAUCAGAGGUUUUGUAUUCUGUGUGUAGUAAAAUGUUGGAGUUUAAACCACUUAGGCAAUACGGGUUGGAUGUUUUGGAAAGAUUAUUUAAAAGGCUGAUAUUGGAAAAUAAUAGGUUGGGGAGGAGUAUGGUUGAUUACUUAUCAAAGCAAAGUGAUGAGAGUAGAAAUUUAUGUUUACAGGAGAUUUUGGACUCUAUAAAUUUCAAGAGGCCGAGUUCUGCACAGGUUUAUUUAAAGAAUUCAAGCUGUGCUUCAAUAUUGGUGUAUAUAAUUUCCAGGGUAUUGUAUAGUAAUUGUAAAGAUAGAGGAACUAAUUCAGACAAGCAGAUACAAAUAGUUAGCCAAUUGAUAGAAUAUUUAUCUGGUUCAAUGAAGCAUAGUGGGCUAAAGAUUUCAAUGAUUCAGUUGUCUAAUAUGUUGUAUUUAUAUGUAUUGGCUCUGGGUGAUUUGGUUGAUUUGGAGCAGUAUUUGCAUCCUUUAAGGAUUGUGUUAUCAGAACUGAGACCAGUAAAUAUUGUUGAGGUGGAUUUGGUAUCUUCAUUAUUAGUUUUUGCUAAUCCACAAGUUAGAUUGUUAGUUUUGGAAUCAUUAAAGAGAGCUUUGGAAGAUUCAAAGAUAGAAAUAAGUUACUUUACUUUUAUGAAUUUAAGCAUUGCCAGAGAAAUUCAGGUAUUUAAUAGUAUUCCAAAUAAUGGCUCUUUGUUAGAGGAUUUAUCAUUAAUUUCGAACAUAUCAGAAGGAUUAAUUGAAAGGUAUUAUGAUUUAACAAAAGGCAAAGAUGGAUUAAAUUUGAAAGACCAGAAUAGAAGGCUGGUAGAUGAUUUGAUUGAGAUUCAAAUGGUGCCAGUUAUUUCAACUUUACAGCAAACAAAUUUUUCAAAAUCAAUAUUACGAGUUUCAACUGGAAAUAGUUGCUCCGAGACUGUGGAAAAAGUUAUAGAGAGUUCAAAGAAAGUAUUUAAUAAUUUUGAAAAGAGGAAAAUCUUUUCAAGCAAAGAUUGGCCAAAUACUUUGACGAGAUCAUUAAUUUCAGGCAUGGUACCGAGUACAAUACGACAUUUCGAAUCAAUAAUGCCAAAUUUGAUUGAUAAUGAUUUAGUAAAGAUUGUAUCAAGAAUUCAGGCAAGACAUGCUUUGAAGGGAUUAGUUUUGAUAUUAUCUGAUCUUGUUGUAAAGUUGGAUGGGCCUGAUUCCUCCUUUAUAGAUAUAUCCAUUCGUUUUAUUCUUACUCAAGUGGUUGAUUCUGUUGUUUUUGAGGAUUACAUUUCUGAAGAAGAAAGGUCAUUAUCAGAAGAAGCCAAUGAAAAUAUGAAGAGUAAGGAAAAGAAGACAGUGAAAAAUUUGGUAGGUAACUUUGGUAAUAAACAAGACUCACCAGAGAAGAUUAAGAUACAAGGAUAUGAUUUAAGCAGUAAAGAGGACUUACAAAAAGUUGUUAUUGACUUUUUUGUAUCUCUAUCUUCUAGAGAAGAUGUUCAGUAUCUUUCAUCUAAUAUAUUGAUUAUAUUAAGAGACUUAUCAUCUCAAUAUAAACCAAGAAUUAAUCCAAAAGAGUUUCAUAAUUGCUUGGCAUUUGCUAUUGGCAGUAUAGCAUCAUGCUGCUCUCCUUCUGACCCAGUAGUUUACAAGGUUACAUGUAAAAUAAUGAAUGAGUUACUUAGUGGAUCACUAGUAAGAAAGAAUAUUAAAAAUGUUGUAUUAGAUUCGAAUUCUAAAUUACAACUUCCAGUACUUACUGAUAUCCCUCAAGAAUAUUCUAGAAUUCUUCCAAGAUUGUUUAAGAUGCUUUACAGUAGCCAAGAAAAUGAACAAGAAUUGAGGAUUUCCAGAUUUGAAGAUUUGGAUAAGAAUAAGUAUUUAGAAUAUAAUAUAGAUUCUGAAGACUCAUUUAAAGGGGAAAGGUUAUCAGUUUAUGAGCUUUAUAGUAUUUCUAUAUGCAAAGCUUUAUAUUCUGAAAACCCUGGAGAACGAAUUGGAGCAGCACAUAUAUUUGGCUCAUUAAGUAAAGGUAUAUCGGUAAGAAGAUUACGAGAUUUUGGUAUUUUAGAAGCAAUGGAAAGUGCAUUGAAAUUCCAAGAUGGCCAGAAGAGUAGUGAAAUGAAUAGUUUGGAAGGAUUGCUGCUUUGUAUUGGAUCAAUAAGCUUAUAUUUAGAAUACAUUAUUGAACCAUAUACAAUACAAUUCUUAAAAUCUAUAAUGCAUUUAUUUUCAGGAAACGAUCAAAGGAUUCGUUUUUAUUCUGAAAAGUCUGCAGAAAUCAUCAUUAAGAACCUUUCAAGAUAUGGAGCAAGGCUAAUUUUACCAAUAAUAACUGAAGGUAUUGAAGAAAAACAAUGGAGAAUUAAAUUAACAAGCCUUCAGUUACUGGGGAUUAUGGCAUUAAAUUCUCCACACCAAUUAUCUUCCUAUUUACCAAAAGCAAUACAGACAAUUUACCAGACAACUUCAGAUUCUCAUCCAAAAGUAUCAGAUGCAGCAAGAGAGACUCUUUUUAAAAUGGCUUCCUUGAUAAAGAACCCAGAAGUGAACUUUAUAUCUCAGGAUUUGAUAACUUCUUUAAUAGAUCCAACAGAAUUGAAUUUUAAAAAAGCAUUAUUAUCUUUAAAAUCUGUAACUUUUGUUCAUGCAAUUGAUAUUACAACUUUAUCUUUGAUAUUCCCAGUUUUACUUAAAACUAUACAGGAAAGAGGAGGAACAGAAUUAAAAAAGGAUGCAAUACAGAUAUUAACUUCCUUACUUUUAUUAUUGGCUGACAAAACUGAUGUUGAUCCUUUCUUACCUUUAAUAGAGAAUUCAAUACACAAUACAUUAACUGAUCCGAUACCUGAAAUAAGAUUAUUAACAGCAAAGUUAUGCAAGGCACUAGUAAGUGUUACUGGUCAAGAAAAAGCGUCUUCUUUAUUAAGUUGGCUAUUCAAAACUUUAUCAAUGGAGGUUGGACAGACUUUAAAAAGUGGAGUAUCUGCUUCUUUGGCUGAGGUAUUAUCCGCUUUUGGUAUUGAAAAGUUUAGCAAAAUUCUUCCUUUUAUUAUUUCUCAAAUCCAGAAAAAUGUGGAUACUAAUUUAUCUCCAUCUAAUGAAGCUCAGGAACACCUUAAAAACCAGGAAAACCAAGAUGAUGCUUUGUCAUCUGAUUCAGCUGUGGAAUCUGUUUCAACCUCAGUGGCAGCAGCAGCAAGCGUUAGGGAAGGUUAUAUAGGUUUGUUUGUAUAUCUACCUCAAUCUUUUGGCGAUGAAUUGGGCCCAUUAAUGCCAAAAAUUCUUCCAGUUCUACUCUCUAAAUUAGGAGAUGAAUCUGAUUCUGUGAGAGAAGUGGCUCUUAAGGCCUGUAAAGCCUUAGUAGUUCAAUUCGGAGGUGAUCAUGCAGCUUAUAUUUUGCAACCACUAGAGGAAGGAUUGGGUAACGACAGUUGGAGAGUCAGAUUAAGCAGCUGUUCACUAUUGGGUACUUUAUUGAAUAGACUAAUUAAAGGCCAGUUAGACUCUACUGGACGUUCUUUAAGUACCAAUUCAUCAGCAUUAGGCGAUGCAGGAUUUUCAAUGCAAAGAAGAUCUUAUAUAUUAGCAGCAAUAUAUAUGGCUAGAAGUGAUGAAAAUACAUCCGUUAAAAAUAGUGCAACGAAUUUAUGGAAAUCUUUGGUACAAAAUACUCCACAAACACUAAAAGAUAUAUUGACAAUUCUAAUAAGAAGGAUAAUUAAUGCUUUAUCCAUAUCUAGCACUGGAAAUAUACACUAUAUUGCAGUUCAAAGUUUGAAGGAUUUACUUGAUAAGUUUGGAAGUGCAUUAUACAAUAAGUUAUUACCAAUAUUCUAUCAGAAUUUGGGAGGUUCAUUAAAUGAAGAUGGUACUAUUUCUUUAAAUUCAAAUUCUGCAGAAGGAGUUCACAAUACUGCAGAAAAUGUAUUGCCAAAUAGAUCAGUAAGGAUUGGAUCCUGUAUUGGUGUUCUGGAGAUUUUAAAGACAAUAAAAAAAAGUGAUUUAAAAGGCUUAAUAUCAUCAUUUUUACCCAUUAUUAAAAAAGGUUUGUGUGACCAAGAUCUAACAGUAAGAACAUAUUCAGUUGAGUGUUUAGAUAUAUUUGUAGCAGAAAAUACAGAAAUUCUGUUUUCAAUUAUCAAUUGGUUAAUGGAUGAAAUACUAACAAACGACAAUUUAAGAGAUAAUAAUAAGAAAGAUCAAGAUGAAGAUGAUCCAAAGAUCUCAACUAUAGAGUUGAUUAUUCAAUUAUCACAUUCUGGAAUAAUUUCUAAUAUUCUUCCAAGAGUUAUUUCUGACCCAAUGACAAUUAAUAAGAUUAGAAUAAUUAAAUCCAUGUCAAAGAUACCAUCUCAAAAUAGAUUAAGAUCUUCAUUAUUUGAAAUUAUUCCAAAAUUAAUAGAAACUAGUAUAGAUUUUGAUGGUAAAUAUGAUGAUUUGGUUAGAAAUUCUUCAAAAGAAGCAAUGAUGAGUAUUGUUCAAUCAUUAGAGGGUCAGAGUAUGGAAACUUUUGCUACAAUAUUAUUGGAUAUUAUACGUGAAAACACUCCAAGCACUAAUUUAAGUAUUUCUGGAAGAUACCAAAUCGAAAAUUUGAAGAUUAAAGAUUUUAAUGAAUUAUUUAAAGAAAAGGAAACAUCAAUAAGAAUUAAAGCAAUAGACUUCUUAACUUUGUCAUUAUUCCCUUCAAGUCCAAUAUAUGAUACAUCUUUUUCCAUAUUAAUAAAGUAUUUAUUACCUUUGGCUAUGUGUGAUAUAUCAGAACAAGUAAGAAUAUCAACAUCUAAAGCUUUUCAUUUAUUCUCAGUGUCAGUACCAAGAAAGUAUAUAAUUCAAGUAUGUAAUGUAAUGAAAGAAUCUAUAGGUGCAUUAGUUCAUGAUCCAAUAGACAAUCAAAAACAUUUUACUGAAAAUAAGUUGAUUGGUUAUAGUUGGAAAAUUUCGGAUGGUAAAGUAGUUCAUGAAAGUAUGGAUGAAAUUUUGACUAGAUCUAAAGAUGAUCAGUUAUUAACAUCUAGCAAUAAACUUAUUGAUUCUAUCUCAGCUAUAUACAUUCAAGGAAUAUCACAGGGAUCUCCUGAUUCAAAAGAAGAAUGUGCUAUUGGCCUUCGUGAAGUAAUUCAAUUAACAAAUAAUGAAUGCUUAAGACCAAUAACAGUCAAACUGGUGGGACCAUUAAUUAGAUCCAUUUCAGAUAGAACAACUUCAUCUUUGGUAAGAGGAGCUUUGUUAAGUAAUUUAGUCAUAUUUUUAGAGUCUUGUGGAUUACAGUUACGUCCAUUAUUACCACAAAUUCAAACAAUUUUGGUAAAAUUCUUAUUGGAUCCAAAUGAGAAUGUAAGAAAGCAAUGUAGUCAUGGAAUUGGAUUCUUAUCCAAAUUACUUGGAAAUAGAGCUGAAGUACUUUUAAGUGAUUUAUGCUCAUUAGCAAGCAAACAAAGCCAAUCAGGAGAAUCUAUGAAUGCUUUAUUAUCAUCUAUUAAUCUUUCACUACUUACAAAUGAUAAAUUAGAGGAUAAUCGAACAAAACCAGUAAUUUCUGAAGUACUUAGAAAUAAGUUAAUAGGAAUGGCUCUAUUUUAUAUGGAAGAAUCAAAAGAUUUAGUAAUUAAAGAUAUUUCUGGACAAAUUCUUUCGUCUAUUUUGAUGAAUUAUUGUCAAGAGGAAGAAAUUAAGGAUAUUCUCCUUCCUUUAUUAAUAGAAAAUCAGAGUGGAUCACAACUUAAUCAAGACAAAAAUAUUCUCAAUAUUUUUAAUAGUUGUUGUGAAUUCAAUGGUUGGAAUAAGAUAUAUUCUUCAUUAAAAAAUUUGGACAAAGAUAUUACUUUUAAUUUAUCUGAGGAUGAUUCUAAUUGUGAUAACAAUGGUGAUGAUUAUAGUAAUAGUAAUAAUAAUAAUAAUAUUUAUCCAAAUGAAAACAUAAAAGGAAACGAAUUAAAAGAAAAUGUUGAUAGAUAUUUAAGUAUAAAAAACAAGGAAUACAUUAUUGGUGGAAGAAGGAUUCCAAAUGAAAUUCUGAAUAGUCAGAGUUGGUGGAUUUAUAAGAAGAUUGUGGUAAUAUUGUACAAAUCUUUAGUAAGUGAUUAUUACAAAGAUCAAGGUACUUCUGGUUAUUCUCAAUUAAGAAAGUUAUCUUUGAAUUUAUUGUUUAAUUUGACCAAAAUAGCAGUUUCAAAUAACGAUAUUUUUUCUGCUUCAAUAAUACUUCAAAUCCUUCCUCCAAUGUUUGAAAAAAAUGUAUUAACUAUGUUCCCAAAUUUCUCAGAUAUUCACAUGAUUCUUGAGAUUCAAAGGAUUUGUGAAACAAUUAUGGUAUCUGAAGCUUCCAGAGAAUUAUUCCAACAAGAAAUUUAUUCCAAUUUGACUUGCUAUUCCUUUGGUAAUUAUAUUCAACAAUCUGAUAUUGACUUCAAAUAUGAAACUUCUGGCCGUAUUACAUCUCAAGAUAUCCUUUUCUCAAUUAUAUCACUUCCUUCUAUACAAUCACUAAGCUCAAAAUUUCCUGCUAUUAAACUCAAAGCUGAGCAAUUCUUGAUUUCAUUAAUUAAGUUAAUUAUUCAUUUAAGAGAUAACAAAAAUCAAGAUCAGAAUAAUGACAAUUACAUCUACGAUGAAGAAAGUUCUCAGUUCGAAUUAAUUAUUUCUGAAAUUAUUAAUGUUAUUGAAAAAAUUUAUCCAUCUCAUUUAAACCAACAAAAAGCUAAUUUCAUUAAAGAGUACUCUAAAAGAGUUUUAUCCAAAGUUAACAAUUAA